AUAACCUCUUUCAGAGAAGGUUAAAAAGAGACAGUGCACAUGCUCAGAAAUGCUGCACUUUUUCUCGUAGCAGUUUGCAGCGGCCAUUUCAAAGAAACCAUCACAAAGACAAGAGAAAGAUCAGAAGUACCCCUUCCCAAGAUGCUGGCACCCUGCCUUCUGAGGAGAGCCGUCCUUACAGCUCCUUUCAUUUUUGUGGUUGCACUACUUGUCACGGAGCCUGUCAGAGCUGACCAAGAAGCAGGAACAGCCAUACCAGCUGAAAGCCGCCCCUGUGUUGAUUGCCAUGCCUUUGAGUUCAUGCAGAGAGCUCUGCAGGAUUUAAAGAAGACAGCAUAUAAUCUAGACACAAGGACAGAAACUCUGCUUCUUCAGGUGGAAAAGAGAAAUCUGUGCGACUGCGUAGCUGCCAAUCUACUGAACUGAACCCUGGAGACCCCUGAGGAGGCUCACCUGUCCAGCAGUUUUUAAAAUGCAGCUGUAUAAAAUACAGCUUUAUGGAGUUCAUGUGGCAAGCAUGUAUGCCCCAAUGUACUGAAACUGGGGCCUGUGUCUGAUGUAUUUGUCUGUUCUGUAUCUUUUUAAAGUACCCUUUUAAAAAAGUACCCUGUUUUCACAUCUGCUGGAUUGCCAGUAAGGGCUCAAUUCAGUAAAUCUGUUACUUGAUAUUGGGGGGGUGGGGGGGGGGAAUGUACCUGCUUUGAUUUUUAAAUCAAUUUGCCAAGUGUAAUCCCCUGAGAUAAUUUUGGAGGACAGUCCCCUAGAGACACAUGCAGCUGUUUUUUGUCUUUAAUAUGAACGUAUGUCUGUGGCAACUUACCCAGUUACAUUGAGACAUGACACUGUAGUCUCUGUAGGCUUUGCCUGUGUAUUAAAGAUGAUGAAGUCCUUUUC